AUGAAGAUGCUCAAGCUUAUCGCGCGCGAAGAGCGCCUUCGGAAGAUUCCGAUAGUCAUGAUGUCGGCGCGCGACGAGAUGGCCAUUGUCGUGCGCUGCCUGCGUCUCGGCGCGGCGGAUUUCCUCGUGAAGCCCCUGCGGACCAACGAGCUCCUCAACCUCUGGACGCACAUGUGGCGCCGCCGCCGAUCCGUGAGUGAUGCUGUUGAGUCGACCCAGCGUGUGCCAGAACAAGUGGUGCGCGCACAAACGGAACCAGAAGAGGGGAGAAAAGUAGGUGGAGGGGGAGGCGGAGGAAGGACGAAGGCGAAGGGCGGGGAAGAGAAGGGUGAGGAGGUGCGGAGAGAGGGGAGGAGAGGAGGCGAAGGGGAGAGAGUUGGGGAAGGGAAUAAGGCGGUGAGAGAAGCAUGUGAGGCGGUUGCCUCAAGGCGCUUGCAGGUGGAUGAUGCGGUUGGGAGCGGUGGAGUGAAGCAGGCAGGCGAUAAUGGGCGAGAGGAGGAUGAGAAUGCGAAGGGGGUGUCACACGAGGCGCGGCAGUUGGGGAAAGACGAAGAGAACGGGAGGCGGAUGGGAGGAGGACAUGCGAUGGGUAACGAGAAUGACGAUGGUGCUGCUGCUGCGGUAGCUGCUAGUGGCGAUUGCGAAAUGGAGGGAAGAAAGGACGACCGGAAUGAGGGGAUACAAGCCUGUGCAGCGGAUCCAAGGGGUCGCCAGCCAUCACCGCACCUCGAGCUCUCUCUCAUGCCACCUCUCACUGGCCGACUGCUCCCUCCGCCCUUUCUCCCUCCGCCCUUCCUCCCUCCUCCUCCCACACCUUCUGCAAUCAACAUCUCAGCACCACUCGCCGUCUCUACUCCCUUCAACGCAUCCCUGCUUGCCUGCUCUCCCUUCACCAGCGCUCCACUGCUCGCUUCUGCAGCCCCAGUUAAUUCCUCGCGCCCAUCCGCACCUUCUCUCAACGCCUCGUUGCUCACUUGCUCCAUAAAUCUCAGCACGCUUGCUCCUACCACAACGCUACCAGGUGUGUCUGCGGCUAUUCGGGAACAGCCAGCAGCACGCCUUGCUCUCUCUGCCUCCGCCGCCGCCCAGACAACCGCUGGGCUGCUUCCGAACCAGCCUUCCGCGCCUCUUCCAUUCCCCUCCCUCCCCUUCUCCCAUCCUCUGCAAUUCCUCAACUUCCACCCUCCUCACACUCUCAACCAGGAGUUACAAUCAUCCCCUGACUCCCUCAACCCCCCCUUGAACGCGCCUUCGGACCGCCCAUCCUCCUCGCUCGUUCCCUUCCCGUGCACGCUCCCUCCAUUCGCUAGUCACAUGCAGACUCACCAGCAGAUGCUGCCUCAAAGCCAGCAGCAGAACCUGCCACCGCCGUUUCAGCACCUGCCACCACACAUAGCAGCCGCUGCUGCUGCUGCCGCAGCUGCAGCAGCGGCCUCAGGGCUCCCCCCCCAGCAUCCCCUCGCUCAGUCCCUUGCUGCCGCUGCCGCUGCAGCUGCCGCCCUGCCGGGAAACCAGCUGACACAGACCCCUCACUUCAACCACCCGCAGCAUCACUCCCACCCGUUUUUUGCCGCUGCGGCUGCAACUGCCGCAGCCUUCCCUCACCUCUCUCCAGAAGCGGCAGCAGCAGCUGCGGCUGCAGCAACUACUGCCAACCUGCACAUGUCAACUGGCAUGUCGACCCUUCCUCGUCCUACUCCCCCGUCGACCCAUUCUAUGUUCUCGCAUGACCUGCAAGGGACCAGCAGUGCAGGGCCUCUCCCCUCAACCUCAACAGCAGCAGUGGCCUCGGUUCAAGCCAUGCCCAUCCCUCCUCACAACCCGUUCUCGUUAUUCUCUGCAAUCUCCCCUCCCCAACCGUCACUUGCUGGCCCGGGGGUUUUUCACCCUGCCACACAGCCAGGGCACCUUGCUGACAUGGCGGCGGGUCCAUCCAUUCUGGCAGCAGGUGCGGGAGCGGAUGGUGGGGCAGGGGGUUACCCCUGGCCGGGGCAGGGGGGAGGAAUGCAUUUCUCUGCAGCGUCUAUGGCUGCGGCAGCGGCUGCUGCUGCAACAGCUGCAUCGGGAGGUGGUUUAGGAGGAUGCGGAGAAGUGGGAGGUGGUGUUGGGUCAGGGGGAGGAGGGUUGCAGGUGGAUAGGCGAGUGGAGAUGUAUGAUAGGAGGGAGGCAGCGCUGUGCAAGUUCAGGCAAAAGCGUAAGGACAGGUGCUUUGAAAAGAAAAUUCGGUAUGUGAGCCGGAAGCGGCUUGCGGAAAUGAGGCCGAGAGUGAAAGGGCAGUUUGUGAGGCAAAGUGGUGUUCUGCCUCCAUUCCCGCGUUUGAUUGCGUCUUCUUUCCGUGUCUGCUUUGGGAGCAUCGCAUUCCUCCAUUCCCAAGAGUCUGACAUCGCAAGGCUUCGGCACGAGAGGAUUUUCUUCCUCUCCGAAUCCGCUGUGGCGGAAUCUGGCACGCAGAGCUACCGCAAUCCUGAUGACAAGUGGCUUCUUCCGCUUCUUGUCAUGGCUCUCUCACUGUCGGAUAUUCCCCUCGCCCCUCGGGCGACAGGAGCCGCCAUUCCGGACUCAGUAUCGCUCGGCCAUGCGUCUCGCGUCGACAUUCGCCUCGAUGCCGCGUCGCUCUCUCUCACCCCGGCCUCGAGACGCCUUCGCUGCUCUCGGCUCUCCGCCGGUCAAGCUGCGCUUCGUUGUAAGCCUCUCCGUCACGCGAGCAGAAGCGGUGUUCGCGCGGAGACUGCUUCUGUCAACUCCGCCACUGCUGUUCACUCCGUCGAUAGCUCCUUACCAACCAGCAGCGAAACGUCGGAUGCGGCGUUCAUCGCGGCUCUCACGUCCCUAGCAGCUACUCCAGAGGACGCGCGGGAGGAAGGCGAGCAGGGGAACGAUGCGCACACCAGCAACUCCGAUGCCAAUCUAGCAGCACUUCUCGGAAAUGAUUCAGCGUGGAAAACUGGACUCAUUGGGGGUGAUUUGUCCCCGGAAUCUGGUUCGUCGUUACGGUUCGGCGCCCAUGCCAGUGACUCUGGUUCGGCUGGUGCAGCUGACGUGACCGGCGCGGGGAAAGUGCCGCAGAACGCGGGUGAUCCGUACGGGAAGAGAGUGCUGGGGCGGGCCGUCGUGCAGUGGAUGGCGCGCGGGAUGGCGCGGAUGGCGCAGGACGUGGCGGAGCGGGAGGCGCGCGGAGAGGAGGGGUUGGAGGGGGUGGUUGCUGGCGGAAGCAUGGCGGUGUUGGCGCUGGCGCAGGAUUGCCUGCAGAGGGAACCAAUGCCAGAUGGCGAGCAGCAGCGGUGCCACGUGGCAAUGAAUCACUACCCCACGGUCCUGGACCACCUUCAGCGGGAGCUUCAGGCGGAGCUCAAGAGACGACAUGCACAGCAGGAAGGUACAGAGGAAGGGCAUGGCAAGGCUGCUGUGAAGGCAUGGAACGAGAGUGCUUCGUGGGACCUUCUGAAACAGCUCAUGCGAUCUGGCGAACAUCGGGCUACCAUUCGCCAGCCAAUCAGCACCCUCGCCGCUUCCGCCGCUGCCUCCCAGACGCGCCAGACAAACCUUGCCGCCCUCCUCUCCCCCUCCGCACUGCAAGCCGCCCAGCAGCGAAUCAACGCCUACGUGGCAACGGCCACGGAGCUCCUCCAAUUGGAGCGAGACGCUGAGCUGGACGCAGUCGCCGCUGAAAUCAGCAACACCCAGCCAACAACCCCCUCCAAUCGCCCAGAGUCCGAAACCAUGAGCGAGAGCGCAAGAGCGCGGAGAAAGCUCAAGGAGCGAGGCGAGGUGGAGAGAGGGCUAGCGAGAGAGGGGGGUACUCUGACAGACUUGGUCGCUGUGGGCACGUCUACUGGGCUGGCCGGCGUGUAUCUUAUCACCCUCGCUUCCCCCAGUGCAGGCCUCCUGUCUGCCUCCACUCUCUCCCCGGGCGACGCCAUUUGCCUCUCCCCUGAUUGGUCCAAAUGCAGCCGCGUUGGUAGUGGGAGCAAGGCUGAUGCACGUGCUGCUGCAGAGGCGGCGACCGCUGCUGCAGUUGCGGCUGCUGUGUGUUACAGAGGGUAUGUGCACGAGUUGGGGGAGGAUGGGCAGAGCCUCGUGGUUGCGCUGGACGGGAAGCUUGGUGUGGGCAGCAGCAGCAUGCGCAGUGGAGCGGGCACAAGUGGGUCAGAGAGUGAAGGGGAGGGCGGCAGCAGCAGCAGCAGUGGGCGAGGGGCAUCAUCGCCGCUGUAUCUGCAGGAGCUGUUUGGCGUGGCGCUGAGAGUGCAGCGCGUGUCGGGGCUUGUGGACUUCACAACGUUCGAGCGCAACCGCGAGGCACUGGAGCGGCUCAAAACGUCUGCGCUCAAGCCCAAGAGCCCUGCCCGCGCCGUGGCUGCUGCCCUCUUUGCCCCCCCCGGCACUGCUGCCCCUGCAAUAGCUACACCACCAGCAACCCCUGAAGCAUCCGGAAAUGCAGCCAGCACUGCUUCACCGUCGCUAUCCUCCUCCCCGCUGCCAUCCUCUCCCUCCUCUCCCGCCUCCCCUUCCUCAUCCUCCUCCCCGGCCUCCACAUCCGCCUCUUCCUCCCCUCCUGCGUCCUCCGCUCUCUCCUUCGACGCAAGCCAGCUGGCAGCCAUUCAUCUUGCCCUGGACCCUGCCCGCCCGGUUGUGGCCAUACAGGGUCCCCCAGGCACGGGCAAGACUUCCGUGGUCACAGAAAUCAUCGCCAGGGCAGUGCGGGAGGGACGCGGGAGGGCAGAGGAACCAGGGAUGGAAAAGGAGAAGCUGGAGAGCCACAGAGAACUAGACAGUGGAAACACAGGGGUUGAAGCAUUGGAAAGCGUACGCAUAAAGCAGCAGCGAAGGAGCAAGCACCGGGUGCUGGUGUCCGCCCCGACCAAUGCAGCAGUAGAUGUCCUGGUGGAGCGACUAGCCUCCCAGGGCCUGAGGGUCGCUCGAGUGGGCAACCCCAUGCGCCUCUCCCCCACCGUCACGCCCUACUCCCUGGACCACCUCGUUGCCGCCCGUCUGCGCUCCUUCCACCGUGACGUUGCCCGCCGCCGCCGCGACCUCAGGUCCGAUCUUCGCGCAGUCGGCUCCGACCCUUCCCUGCGCUCCGCGCUGCAGAAGAUGCUGCGACGCCUGGCGCGCGUGGAGAAGCAGCGGGAAAAGGAGGAAAUUGCUCAAGUUCUGGCUGACGCCGAGGUGAUACUAUGCACGACCACAGGGGCCGGGGAGAAAGUGGUUCAGGAGAUGGCGAGGAAGGAGGGCGGGUUUGACCUGGUGGUCCUGGAUGAGGCAGGGCAGGCCACUGAGCCGUCUAGCUGGAUACCUUUAUUGCUGGGGCGACGGGCUGUGGUGGCUGGGGAUCCCUGGCAGCUGGCGCCUACAGUGCAGUCUGUGGACGCGCAGCAGCGAGGGCUGGGCGUUUCGCUCAUGGAGAGGAUUCAGGAGGAGGGGCUGCUGGGGAGGGUGGGGGGAGAGGGGGUGGUGGAGGGAGGUUGGGAGCGGUGUGGGGGCAGUGUUGCCAUGCUGCGAGUGCAGUACCGCAUGAACCGAGCCAUCUCGGAUUGGAGCUCCGAGGAGAUGUACCAUGGGCAGCUCAUGGCCUCGCCUGCUGUCGCCUCCCGCACCCUGGCUGACAUCACACUGCCUCCCCCUGCUGCCUCCAUGUCCUCAUCAUCAUCAUCCUCAUCCUCCUCGCUCCCUCCCCUCCUGGCCCAUCCCAUGUUGCUCAUAGACACGCGUUCUCCUCGUGGUCUGCUGCACGAGCACUGUGAGGAGGCGCCUGAUGCAGCGGGCACAGGGUCACUGGUCAACGAGGGCGAGGCCCAACUGGUUGUGGAUCACGUCGCUCGUCUGCUCUCGGCCGGCGUGCCGCCCGGGUCCAUCGCCGUGCAGUCGCCGUACCUCGCCCAGGUGCAGCUCAUCCGCCAGCGCCUUGAGGAGCGCCUGGGCGGCGUUGUUUGGCCGUAUGCUGUGGCUCGGGAGGCCGGGGAGGGAGAGGAAGGGGGAGGAGGAGAGUGGGACGUGGGGGCGGUGGAGGUGGCGAGUGUGGAUAGCUUUCAGGGGAGGGAGGCAGAUGCUGUUAUCAUUUCUAUGGUUCGGUCCAAUCCAUAUGGGUCAGUUGGGUUCCUUGGGGACCGCCGGAGGAUGAAUGUAGCUGUGACACGUGGCAGGCGCCACGUGGCAGUUGUUGCUGACUCAGCAACGGUGGGUCACAACUCUUUCCUCCGCCGCCUGCUCCUCCACAUCCGCUCGGUUGGAAGAGUGGCUGGGGCUCAUGAGCUGGAUUUUGAUGAUUCAGCACCUGCCACAUCAGCUACGACUGCCACAUCAGCGCCAUCGUCCACACCAGCAGGGCAAGUCUACAUACCAUUCUCCCCACCAUCUCUGGCAGCAUCAUUUGAACCAGUGUAUUCACCUGGACGUGCGUUGAGCCAGUCUCUUUCAGCUGUUGCGGCUGCAGCAUCGCCUACCGGCCUGCCAGAUGGUUACAGCGGGGCUCUGCUCGACCUCCCAGCGCUGCAUUGCCGCAGCAGCAGCAGCAUCGACGAGCCCCCACAACGCCCGUGGGUCGAAGUUCUGGCGGGAAGGAAGAUUCGCCGCGUUAUGGACGACCCCGUUAAACUCGAGGCGUUCCUGUCCGGCGAGUUCGACCGGCUUGACGUGCACGCACGUGGCAGGCUCUCAUUGGCCGAGAUCAAGCCGGCGCUGCUGCGCUUGGCGGAAAUCCAGGGGCUCAUUCUCCGACCCUUCUGGGACAGCCGCAUGGGGGCCCGCGGAGGGGGAAGUGGCGGAGGGGGCGCAGGCGCGGGGGAGAGGCGGAGAGGCGGAAGCCGAGGGGGAAGCGGAGGAAGCGGAAGCUGGGGUAGCAGCGGCGAUUGCGGUGGCGGAAGAGGCGGGGUGGAAGGGGGAAGGAGGAAAAUUUUACCUGGCGAGGGGAAGAACGAUGAUGAUUUGGUCAAGGGACUUUUUGUCUCUUUCAUGUCUGCUGACCUCAGCAGCGAGAUUGGGCGGCAAAAGUUUGUCAGUGUCUGCAGAGAUGUGAUUCUCGCAUCCCAAGAUUCUGUUGAAGAGGACCCCCUGCCGCGGCUACUGGAGGGCAGCACCCCACUGAGGGAACUCUUUAAUGACGCGGACGAGGUGGAUGAAUUCAUCGACGCGCUGUGGACGCGCAUGGACCUGGACGGCGACGGCACCGUCACCAUGCACGAGAUUCGCCCCAUGCUGCCCGCGCUCGGGCUCUUUCCCCAGCCGCUGCCCAUCUCCACCGAGGCUUUCGAAAACGGCAGCGGAGGCUUCGCGGGCAGCAGCAGCAGUGGCGGUGGUGGUGGAGGAGGAGGAGCAGUGGAUUUCAGCAUGGGGCUAUCGAAGGUGCAGUUCAUGUGGCUGGUGGCGGAUAUUCUCUUCACCGUGGCGCAGGGCCUGGAGGACGACCCACUCUACCUGCCCGCCAACAUGACCAUCCUCAACCGCCCCUUCCUGCUCAAGAUUCUCUCAGACGAGGCCUUCUUCCACCGCCUCACAGACCGCAUGUUCCUCACCUGGGAUGAAACCGAUCGCGGCAUGCUCUCCCGCUCCGAGGUCGUCGCCGGCUUCUACUCCCUGGGAGUCGCCUACGGGCUCCCCGCAGUCACCACGCAGGAGGAGGCGGACAGCAUCUACCUCUCGCUCUUCCUCACGGCCGACUGUGACACGAGUGGGUUUGUGGACCGGGAGGAGUUCCGCUCCCUCAUGCACUCCAUCUUUCUAGGUGCUGCGCUGCAGCUGCAAGCCACGCGGUUACCGCCACAGCCGCUGCCAUCACCACUGGCACCGAUGGAAACUGAUCCUCCAGGGACCUCCGCCUCGUUCUCUUCCUUGUCUUUUUUCCGCCCGUUCCCCUUGUCCCUCCCCUCCAUCCCGUUCUCCGCUGCCCUCUCCUGGGGUAACUGUGCUGGCAGCAGCACCACAGCUCUCCAUAGCGGCAGCGGCAGAGGGAGGGGGACUGGUGUUGACCCUGAUGCUGCUGCGGCUACAGUGGCGGAUCUGCCGACCCUGACCGGCUUCAAGCUCUUUGACGGGCGGCGCGUGCGCAAGAUGGUGCAGGCGGACGGCGGGGCUUGUCUGGACGUGUGGCUGAACAGUGCCUUUGAGGAACUCGUUACAAGCACAUCGGAUAGUGGAGAUGGAGCAGGAGGGGGAGGGGAAUGGAAGCACAUAAAAGUGUCAGGUUCGAGGAGUGGAGAGGCGGAGGGAAUUGAUAUGGAGGGCCUCGCACUGUACAGUCCUGGUGGGGAAGGUGGGAGAGGGGGAGUGGAGAAAGAGGAAGGGCCGUCCGAUAGGCAUUGCAAUGGGGGUGGCAAGAAGGUGACGUGGGACGAUGCUCUUGGAAAUGGACUGGAAGCGUCUGAAGUUAAGGACGACGCUAGCUGCCCGACAGACAGGCCCGUGGUGACGUGGGCGGCGUUGGAGCGGAAGCUAGUGCAGCAGCUGCACACGCUGGGGAUGCCUGGGGAGGGCGUAUCUGAGGACUGGGAGCGGAUGGUGCGUGAUAUGCAAGUCGGACAGACGCUGCAAGACACCCCUCUGCUGUUGCGCUCACUGGACGGCACUCUCAUCAGGGCGUUCCUGCAGCACCCCGCUCGUCUCACUUCCGCCAUCCGCAGCACCUUCCAGGCACUAGACAACAAGAGCUGGGGCGGCAUGCCUGCCGCCCGCCUUGUUCCUGCGCUGCGUGUGAUUGGCCUGUCUGCAGGGCUGCCGUGCCGAGGAGUGAACACAACACUUGACAUUUGGAUAUUGCAAAUCACAACCGAGCUCGCACCCAAUCUUGAGCAUUUAUCCGAGGAACAAUUUUCUUCAUUCGUCGUGGAUUUUCUUGAAGCUCUUUCUGCCCGGCUUGCUGCCGAUCCUAUCUAUGUGCUUCAUGACCUAGACGCGCCACAACGAGCCGUGGGAUUGCCGGAGCGGCCUGCUCCAUUUCCCCCAUCAGCCGUACUCGUUAUAAGCAGCGUCGACGCGCUGCAAGGAUGUGGGGGGAGCUGCAAACGCCACGCCGACUGCAGCGGGCGACUAGCGUGCAUGAGCGGCAAGUGCGGCGACGACCCCGCCGUGGGAACGAAGAUAUGCAAGCAACAAGGGAGGGGAACAUGCAGGCCGUCGGGAAGCUUCCGGGCUCCUGCGUUCGUCCCCUGUAACUGGAAGCACAUGUCCGACUGCUGCAAGCCACUGGCCAAGUACCACAAGUACACGUGCUCACCAUCUGUGACCAAUGCCACGUCAGCAAUUCUCACUCUUAACGGAUUUGGAAAUGGCCAGGACGGAGGAGGCGCCUCGUCUUGCGACGGCCGGUUCCACAGCAACACUGAGAGGGUCGUCGCUCUCUCCACCGGCUGGUUUGCCAAUCGGAGGCGCUGCGGCCGUCAGAUACGGAUCUCAGCAUCCAACGGCCGUAGCGUGCUCGCUACAGUGGUGGACGAGUGUGACUCGCGGGCGGGGUGCGACAGGAUGCAUGCGGGGCAGCCUCCCUGCAUCAUCAAUGAUGUUGACGCGUCUGCUGCUGUGUGGCAAGCACUUGGGAUCAGCCAGUCGGAUAGCAGAUACGGAUACAUGAAGGUCACAUGGCAGGAUGUGUGA